CAGUUCAUUGGCAGGCUCCCCUCGCCGCGCUUCCUGCUCUGUCCGCCGCGCCGCCAGCAGCCGCCCCUUCCUCCGGGGGCCGCGGGGACGUUGCUGAGAGCCGGGAAGGUGCUGGGGGCCGGGCUGUCUCUCAGGAGCGGGCCGUGCCGCGGCGAGCAGCGCUGCAAACGGCGGAAUAAGAUUUCCACAGUCUUUUGAAAUGGUCGGGCUAGGAAACAGCCGUCGAGGGAUGAAAUCUCCACCUCUUCUAAUAGCUGCGCUUGUGGCUUGUAUGAUCGUUUUGGGUUUCAAUUACUGGAUUGCAAGUUCUCGCAAUGUUGAUCUACAGAGUCGGAUUAUGGAACUAGAAAGGAAAGUCCGCAGGGCGGCAGCAGAGAGAGGGGCUGUUGAACUCAAAAAGAACGAAUUCCAAGGAGAACUAGAGAAGCAGCGUGAGCAGAUUGAUAAAAUCCAGUCCCUCCACGGUUUUCAGAUGGAAAAUGUCAAUAAAGUGCACCAGGAUGAGAAGGUCCCAGUGCAUCAGUCAGAUGAAAGAGUUAAAAGAACAAUGUGAAGAAAGAAUAGAUGAGAUCACAAAAAAAGGCAGUGAGGCACCACAGGCCAAGGAAAUCAAAGAAUUGUUGAAAAAUUCCAACAAAAACUACCAGGGUAAUAUUCAGCUGCCAACUUUUAAUCGACCAGAGCUCCAGCUGCAUGACCUGGAAGAGCAGAAAGGAGAUGAGGAGCAAGAGAAGAACAAAAUUCCUGGAAAUGUAGCUCUAGAAGCAUCAAAGCCAACACCCAGUGUAAAAAAGGUACCAGAGAUUGAGUCUCAUGAAGACAAAGAAGGGACACGUGAUCUGGUUGCGGUGAACAAAGAGGAGCCUAAAACGGAAGAUGAGAAGCUUUUUGUUGAUCAAGGACCCCCACACAAUUCAGCCAAGAGUGCCAUGGAGCAUGAGGAACUAUCUCCUGAACUAGGAAAGGAACCGAAUCCAUAUGAGGGGGUAAAUGUUCCUAAAGAAGGUGAUGCAGAAAGGGGGUCUGUCAAAAUGCAAGAACCACCUGCAGGCCAUGCUGUCAAUCAAGAAAAUGCUGCCAAUGAAGAAGUGGAGCGGGAGCACCUCUUAAAUUAUGAUGCUCAGCCGGAUGACCAGGAGCCCAAUCAGGAUGAUAAACAGGGAGCCGAAGCAGCGAACCAGAACAACAUAGCAGUUGACUACAACUUAGAUGAAAAUGAGGCUGAAUCUGAAACUGACAAGCAAGCAGCACUGACAGACAAUGAAAAUAACUUGCAUGUAGCCCAAAAUCCUGAAGAUCCGAAUAUGAAGAACCACUUAUUUGAUCAAGGUGAAGAGGAGAGACAGAGGCUGUGAAUAAGGAAGCACACCAUGUGUGACUCAAUCACCUGCAAACAAAUCCAACCAUAACGAUCCAGGUGAAGCUAGAAUGCUUGAUUGCCAUCUCAAGGCUUUAAAAGGGUCCCAAAUAAAGUAGAUUACGGUUGUGAAGUUUUAGUACUAUGCUUCAAUGGUUAAAAUUAUACUUUGUCUCUUACAGAGGUUUAAAGCAGUUCUGACUUCUGUCAAACUUUUUUUUUUUACUGUUUUAAAACCUUACUUAGCUAGCAAUAAUUGUAAUACUUUUAAACAGUCAGCUAAGUUGUACAAUCAUACAACAAUGGCAUGAAGUAGGGGAAACAAAGUAAUUCUAAGAUCAUAUUUUGAAUCCCUACCUGUGAUUCAGAUGCUAAAUUUAGACUGAUCCUCCCCCAGCAAAUGGUAUGUUUAGUCCUUAUCGUCACAAAGGCUGGAAUAGUUGAUCUGACCCUCUCAAACUACUACAGGGCUUUUGGAUAGCCUUUUUUCCCCUCCUGUAAUCUCUCUCUUCACCACAGAAGAAUAGCAUGGUUCCCAUGGGAGGUCAUGUCAAAGAGGCUGAACCUGCAUUCAACAAAGCUAGCAAGAUGGUGUGGAUUAGCUUUACAACUCAUUUUAGUAGGAAGAUUUGGUUUCUGCCAAACUGACUUGAAGCUACCACUGUCUAAGGGAAGGCUAAAAUGGUGUGCCAUAUAUAUUCCUUCCUUCACCCAACCACCAUUGCAUUUAAAGACAUUUUUAUGUGGGACUGAGUAAACUUGAACACAUUGAAGUUUAUUAUGCAUAACAGAAUACUUGCUCACUGUUACUGUACAAUGUUUUUAUUGUAACAUGUUGAAUGUAUUCAUUGUGGUAAACAAACAUACAAUACCUCCUAGUGCCAUUAGGAAAGCUUUGGGAGUGCUGGUCUCUCAUUGUUACUGCAAGGUGCCUGUUGAAGCAGGAGUUUAAAGUGGGGAAAGUCCACCACACCAUCUAUCACAGAUAGUUCUCACCAUGCUGUUUUAAAACAAUUAGUAUCACACAUACUCUCAGCUACCCCGGAGGUUUUGUCCUUGAUUCCACUUGUAAAUCCUGGUUGAUAAAAGUGGGUAGGUUACAGGGAUUUGGAUCCUGAUACUGAAGGUCACCUGUAUGCCAUAGUCCAGUGUUUCAGACAAAGGGAAAAGAAAAUGAAAGCAGCUCGUAUCCUGUAACUGCUUGUUCAAGAGGACUAUUUUUAUAACUUGAACAAAUCCAAAUCAACAGUUCAGAUACUAAUACAGAAUAGGAGACAGUAAAACAAGAUUAGAGGAGAGAAGAGGUGGUAGACAUGACUAAAUUGUACAAAGGACUGCACACUGCCUUUAAGUUAUACUCUGCCAGCCAGGGAAAUCUGAUGCUUCACUCACUACUCAUGCACUUUAUUUCCUUUCCAGUUAUGUACUGUAUACCAUAGCUCACAGUGCCAGUAAUCUGGCUAUAAUCAUUUGAGCACAAUUUUUUUGUAUCUUAAAUAAAGGUAGUUGCCAUACAAUAAAUAGGGCUAUACUCAGAAGCUGCAUUAAACCUGGCCUUUGUUAUACAUAAAUGAAUGCAUAUAGACAAAAUACACUGAUGAGAGUUGAGAGUUUCUGAAUAAUGUAACUAAGUUGUCCUAAGAAAUGCAUUGCAAUGUUCUCCUCUAUACAGUAACGAAGGCCGACACAGAAAUAUUACAUUUCUGAAACUUUUCCUCUCACAAUACAUUAUGUUCAUGGUUUGGGGGUAGGCUAUACAAACUUAA